AUGGCAACAGAGAUGCUCUCGAUCACGGCGCCCAGCUAUACUAGCCCGAGUGGCUAUAAACUUUCGACAGUAUCAAAGCCAACUAUCACUGAGGAGAAAGAUGUACUCAUCAAAGUCCAUGCAGCGAGCAUCAAUCCAGUCGAUGUCAAGAAGGCUGCUGGUGUCUUCAAAAUGGCGAUAAAGGAAGAAUUCCCAUAUAAAAUUGGAUAUGACGCGGCUGGCGUCGUCGUGGAAGUCGGAAAAGGUGUGGCAAGACUGAAAGUUGGCGAUGAAGUCUAUACAAGGUUGCCAGAAGUCGGGAGAGGUGCCUGGAGUGAAUUUGCAAAGUGCCCAGAUCACUAUGUAUCUUUGAAACCUAAGAGUCUCUCCUUUGCCGACGCUGCAUCAUUGCCACUGGCCGGAGUCACAGCCUUGCAGGUUCUCGGGCAGUACAAGGGCUCACUAGAGGGCAAGACAGUGUUUAUCCCUGCGGGCUUGAGUGGAACAGGAGCCAUCGCCUGCCAGUUGGCCAAGAACGUAUUCCAUGCCGGAAAGGUUAUCACUACAGUCUCGACCGCAAAAAUCCCAAAAGUAUCAGAGCUUCUUGGCGAGGGCACAGUGGAUCAGAAUUACACCAAGGAGAAAAUCUCAGAAGCCAUUCCUUCAAAGUCCGUCGACUUUUGCUUCGACACUACCGGCCAAGCCAUGGAAUUCCUCUCUCUUAUGGUCCCCUCAACCGGCAUGAUCGUCUCAAUCUCAACAACUCCAUCAGCAUCAACUCUUCAGGCAUCAAGCGUAAUGCGGCGUCCAGAUAACCCUCGGAUCCCAUUCGCCGGACGAGUUUUCCUUGAUGCAGCGGACGCGAUACGCAGACUCCGGGCUUGGCGAUGGGGCGUCACAUAUAUGUAUCACUUCCUAGAUCCAAAUCGAGAGGAUCUGGAUACGCUUACAGGCUAUGUGGAGAGUGGAAAGGUGAAGCCAAUUGUUGGUGCCAAGGUCGACAUGAGAGAUAUUAAGGCAGUCCGCGAAGCUUGCAAUCAGACAUACAACGGAAAAGGCGGGUUGGGAAAGACUGUCUUUGAAGUGAUCAAGGAUUAA